AUGGCGCCGGACGAGUACGCUGCUGGCGGGGGCGGGAAGCUCAAGUUAAAGGGGAGCAAAGUGAGUGAUGGACGGGUGGAGAAGAAGAAGAAGAAGAAGAGCAAGAAGAAGGAUGAUGUGAAGCCUACAGAGGGAGGUUCCGCCGUGGAAGAUCGUGAAGACCGAGCCAAGAGCGAAGAUAAGGAUUCUUCGGCGGAGAGAUCCGGGUCUGUUGGGAAGACGGAGACGGAGAGGAAGCAUGAAGAGAUGCGGAAGAAGAGGAUGCAUGAGCGACUCCAACGAGAGGGUGUUAAGACGCAUAAAGAGCGUGUGGAGGAACUCAAUAAGUAUCUCAGUCGACUGAGUGAGCACCAUGAUAUGCCGAAGAUUGGACCGGGCUAG